AUGACAACUACAACACCAAAAGAAGUAAAUGCAAUUAAUAAUAUACUUAAAAAUAUGGAGGUUGGUUUAACCUAUAAGCCAACCAUCUCUGUUGCUGGUAUGAACUGUUUAGCUGGUAUUGCCAAAGAAACAUCACAAAGAUUAAUUAAUCAAUCACGUCAAGAAAUGACCAAAUCAAAUAGAUCUACAAUCAAGGCUGAGGAUGUUAAAGCAUCAGUCAUAUUAUUAUUCAAUGGUGAUGUCGCUAAAAUGUCAGCUUAUAGUGGAUCGUCAGAGGUGACUAGAAGCAAGUCGACCGCUGCCGAAGGAAAUAUACCUAGACCUGUCACCAAACAAUUUAUCGCAUCAUCCUAUAGAAAGGAUAUGCAACGAGAUGGAUUGACAAAGGCAUCAAGAGACGCCUCUUUCUUCUUGGCUGGUGUUUUGCAAUACGUUAUUUUUGAAACAAUUCAACUUGCACUUUUCCAAGCUGAAAAGACUCGUAUUACACCAAAUCACAUUAGAUUGGCUAUUGCCAGUGACAGUGAAUUGGCACAAUCUGGAUUCAUCAACACCACCGACGCCAUUGCCCAUUCCAAUGACGACGACGUUGAUUUCGUACUUGACAAUAAUACAGUUGAAGUUGAAGAUCAAGAUGAAGGAUCUAUUGAACUUGACGAAGAUAAACAAUAA